CCAAAUCAAUUGGUCACUCGUCGAGCUUCUUCGCCUUUAUUACACCUUCCAAAACCCUCCAUCGAGAAUUUGCAAUUUGCAAUCGAAUAAAUUUGAUAAAUUUUCGUUUCGAUUCCGAGCAAGAACAAGUUUUUCGUAUCACCCAUGGCGGAAGAAGAUCCAAUAUUGUCAUCCUUCACGCCUUACGUCCACUCUCAAACCCUAACCUGCCACGACCGCGCCGUUUCCUCGGUGAAAUUCUCCUCCGACGGCCGCCUCCUCGCCUCCGCCUCUGCAGACAAGACCAUCCGCACUUACGCAGUCAACCUCUCCGGAGACUCCGUCGCCGAGCCGCUCCGGGAGUUCACCGGUCACGAAAGCGGCAUCUCCGACGUCGUCUUCUCGACGGACUCGCGGUUCAUCGUCUCAGCCUCCGAUGACAAAACCCUAAAGCUGUGGGACGUCGAAACAGGCUCUCUGAUCAAGACGCUCGAGGGGCACACCAACUAUGCCUUCUGCGUCAACUUCAAUCCACAGUCCAACAUGAUCGUCUCUGGAUCCUUCGAUGAGACCGUUCGGAUCUGGGAUGUUAAAACUGGAAAAUGCUUGAAGGUUCUUCCCGCGCACUCGGAUCCUGUCACCGCCGUCGAUUUCAAUCGCGACGGGUCUCUCAUCGUGUCUAGCAGCUACGACGGGCUGUGCCGUAUUUGGGAUGCAGGAACUGGGCAUUGUUUGAAAACCCUAAUUGACGAUGAGAAUCCACCUGUCUCCUUCGCCAGGUUCUCUCCAAACGGCAAGUUCAUACUUGUUGGCACCCUCGACAAUACUCUGAGAUUGUGGAACCUUUCCACUUCAAAGUUCCUCAAAACGUACACAGGCCACACGAACUCGAAGUUCUGUGUUUCUUCUGCAUUCUCUAUCACAAACGGUAAAUACAUUGUUAGUGGUUCCGAGGACAGCUGCGUUUACAUGUGGGAGCUGAAUUCCCGGAAAAUGCUUCAGAAAAUGGAGGGUCACACUGAUACCGUUAUGUCGGUGGCAUGCCAUCCGACCGAGAAUUUGAUUGCCUCUGGCUCGCUCGACAAGUCUCUGAGGCUUUGGACCCAGAACCAGAAGAAGGAAUGACAGUCGCUCUCUUAUCUGAUCUCCCCCCCAGAAUCUAACCUGGACCCGUCUAAUUUACUCUUCCAACGCUGUGUCUCUCUCUCUACCGCCAUUUUCUUGCUGAGUUUUGUUGAAGAGUUAAAUUCCUGUGUUGUGGUUUAUAUUAAUUUGUGGCUAAGUACAGUGUUCUUAGUUGUCUGGCUGAAUGGACAUGGCAGACGUUUGUAAAAGCCCUACUCUUGCCCACAUCAGUUGGAAUCGGUGGGAGUUACCAAAGACAAGACUUGUGAAGUCCUUGUGCUUAAAGGACCUGUCCCUUCUCUUUCGGAACAGGUUUUAUCCCUCCGAUUCAUAGCGUUUGCCCAUGUAAGUAUGUAACCUUAUGACAUAUUUUCAAGCAGCAGUAGUACCAUUGGUUUGUGUGGAGUUAGUAGAUAGAUGCUUGGGGCGGCCAUUGUUAUGGCGGGGCUGAGCAGUGGAGGAGACUAGAAGAAGGUGAAGCUUAUGGUCGGUCCCCUUGGCUCUGUCACUGAAAAAGAAAUUGAAUAGUCUGUGUGUGAAUUGGACCACCUUCGAUUUCAAACACCAAAAAAAAAAAGAUGUCUGCUUUGCUGCAUCAUUCCUGCAUGUCUCUCUGCUUGAUAAAUUGUGUAGCGUGUGGAUUGGACCACCUGUAUUAUGUUUCAGUUUUCGCCUCUCC